UACAGGGUCCUGCGCAUGGACGAGGAUCAUGACCGCAUGUAUGUGGGCAGCAAGGACUACAUCCUUUCCUUGGAUCUAAACGACAUUAACAAAGAGCCUCUCAUUAUCCACUGGCCUGUUGCAUCUCAGAGGAAGGCCGAGUGUGUUCAGUCCGGAAAAGACAUCAACGGCGAGUGUGGGAACUUUAUCCGUCUGAUUGAGCCGUGGAACCGGACUCACCUAUACGUGUGUGGAACAGGAGCCUACAACCCUAUUUGCACUUAUGUAGACAGGGGUCAAAAGUCACAGGCUUUGCUCCAGCAGCUGAAUCCUCGGGGUGGAGGUCGAACGAGUCGGGCAGUGGAGCCAAGCGCCUCACCUGAGCCAUAUGCACCCAAGGAAUACAUAUUCCGUCUGGAGCCAGGGAAAGUGGAUUCAGGGAAAGGAAAAUGCCCGUUCGACCCAAAACUGAAUAGUGUGUCUGCUCUGAUCAAUGGGCAACUCUAUGCUGGAGUCUACAUCGAUUUUAUGGGAACAGACUCUGCUAUUUUCCGUACACUAGGGAAACACACAGCCAUGAGGACUGACCAGUACAACUCGCGCUGGCUCAAUGAUCCCACAUUCGUCCAUGCCCAGCUCAUACCAGACAGUGCAGAAAAGAAUGAUGACAAGCUGUAUUUUUUGUUCCGUGAGAAAGCUUCAGAGAUGGGACAGACCCCCAUGACUCAGUCCAGAAUUGGCAGGAUCUGUCUGAACGAUGAUGGAGGUCACUGUUGUUUAGUAAACAAGUGGAGCACAUUCCUGAAAGCACGACUCAUCUGCUCUGUAACUGGGGCUGAUGGCAUCGAGACACACUUCGAUGAACUUAGGGAUGUGUUUAUUCAGAAGACUCAGGAUACCAAGAAUCCUGUCAUCUACGGGGUCUUCUCAGUGUCUGGGUCGGUUUUUAAAGGUUCAGCCAUAUGUGUGUACUCCAUGGCAGAUGUGCGUAUGGUCUUCAACGGCCCCUUUGCUCACAAGGAGGGCCCAAACUACCAAUGGAUAGCCUACCAGGGAAAAAUCCCGUACCCUCGGCCAGGGACUUGUCCAGGAGGAACAUUCACCCCCAACAUGAAGUCCACCAAAGACUAUCCAGACGAGGUCAUCAACUUCAUGAGAAACCACCCUACCAUGUACAACGCUGUGUACCCAGUGCAUAAGCGCCCCCUGGUGGUGCGCACCAAUGUCGAUUAUGAGUUUACCACCAUCACCGUGGACCAAGUAGCAGCUGCAGAUGGUAGUUAUGAAGUGCUUUUCUUAGGAACAGACAAAGGAACAGUACAGAAGGUCAUCGUUUUGCCUCGAGAUGACCUACAGACUGAGGAACUAGUUCUGGAGGAAGUGGAGGUCUUUAGGAUUCCAACACCCAUAACAACAAUGAAGAUUUCUCCCAAAAGGCAACAGCUCUAUGUGAGUUCAGCAGUGGGAGUAACUCACCUAGCGCUGCACAGGUGUGAUGUGUACGGAGAAGCUUGUGCUGAUUGCUGUCUCGCCCGAGACCCCUACUGCGCCUGGGAUGGGAAGUCCUGUUCUCGCUACUCUGCCAAUCAAAAGAGGCGCAGUCGAAGGCAAGAUGUGAAGUACGGCAACCCGAUCAGACAGUGCAGAGGCUACAACUCAAAUGCCAAUAAGAACACUUUGGAGUCAGUGCAGUAUGGAGUGGAGGGAAGCACUGCCUUUCUAGAGUGCCAGGCCAGGUCUCCUCAUGUCUCAAUCAAAUGGCAUUUUCAGAAAGAGAACAGUGACAGGAGACGAGAGAUUCGUUCUGAUGGGCGUGUGGUGCGUACAGAUCAGGGUCUGCUGUUGCGCUCCCUCCAGCUCUCCGAUGCUGGAUUCUACCACUGCACCUCCACUGAGAAGAACUUCAAGCACACACUGGUUAAACUGCAGCUGCUGGUGCUCUCAGUGCGUACAGUCAACAGCAUCCAGAUGGAAACCGGAGCACCAAUUCCUGCCAUGCCUGCUGUGCCCCUACAAGCUAGUGCUUGGACACCCAGUGCUGAGCAGUACAAAGACCUGCUGACCAUCUUGAGCCAGCCCGAGAUGGGACUCAUCAACCAGUACUGCCAGGACUACUGGCAGAUUGCUGAGAAUGACAAGAAGGACCCGAACGAGCCAAAAGAGCAGCGCAAACCACGCAACCGAAGACACCACGAGACCCAGAGGAGCCCAGCCGAGACAUGAGGUGGACCGAACAGGAACACGUGUAUGCACACAAAAAGUACACACAUCUUUUCAUUGCAAGACCCAAGCUAAACCUCCAGCCCAGAGACAAACAUUGGACAUGCAAAUAAGUUAUACUGUAAUGUGGCCAAUGGACUAAAUGGACACAUUUAGCAGUGAGUAGGCAGUAUUUAUUGUAGGUUGUAUAUAGUUAGACUCUGCAGAAUCUUUGUACUGAAAGCAUCAAGAGGAAAACAAGCAGUUUUGUGUAUAGGAUUCUUCUGUCCAAAUAUUUUAUUAUUGUUAUUCUUCUUAUAACAUAUUUAUUAUAGUGUUUAUUGUCCUAAUGAACUGCGUGAUUGUAUUUUGAGAGAUGACAAGAGCCCAGUUACAUACUGUAUACACUAAGUGGACAAAUAAUUAUAGGAGCCUAGUUUAUAUAAAGCAUGGACUUAAAUGAAAAGUUACAAACAGUUAAUGGCAGAGUUAGGCAUCUGGUUACUGUUUGUACCUUUCUUUUAAAUUAAAUCAAAUAAAAUCCAAGCACAAUGUCCUUAAUGGUUUAGUUUAGUAUUAGGUUUCCAAGAGAUCAGGUUUCUAAGUGGAUAGUUUUGGGAACAUAAACAUCAUGAAGAUCUAAGUUGUAACACAAUUGGUUUUAUAACACAGUUGUACUAAAAUGAUUCGAGUCACUGCAAGAUGUCUUGUAGUUUCAUUCUCUGCCCAACCAAACUAGUUCCACCUAAAUCUUGCACCCUUUGUUAAAAUGUAAAUAUAAUAAAAAGGCUUGAUUGUAUUUGUAAUUUACCUCCUAAGUGGUGCAACAAGAAAGUGUUUGCUCAGUUUUUUUGGAAGUACUGAGUUUGUAACCCAACAACUGACAUUCACAGCCAGGCGGUGGGAGGUCAGCAGUGUUCUCCAGCUGUGUUGACCUGUCCAGACACAUUACACAAUGUACUGACAAUGUAGCUUGUAAAGAAGCAGUGACUGGUUUUACAUGUCUCAGAAGAAGUAUCUGCUAGCCUCAUUUUUUUCUUGGAUUGGAUUAUUGUGAUGGGACGACCCAAUGGGAUUUUACAUCAUUUAAACUGGGGUAAAUUGGGAAAACUAAAAAAACAUUGUGAGUCUGAUAAUAUUUAUUUUAUUUGUUACUGAUGAACUGGUCAACAUUAUGUGGUUAAGGUGGUCACUAGCGCCCCUUUUUUACUUUGAAGUUAUUUUUUAUUUUAAGAUUCUUAAAAUAGACUUUUUUACAUUCAUUUCCUGGUUGUCAUAUUUUAAUUUACUGUAUUUGGUUUAAGUCAGCUAGUAUACUAACACCCAUUAACAUCCAUUAAAAUGACAUAGUUUCUUAAUAACAUUAGUUUAUGUUAAUUCUGUAAAAUUUUGUGGCACAUGUUCAAAGGAUUCAUUCUGCAUUACAACCUGGUCCCCUAAAACCUUGUACUGUGUGCAAGUAAUUUUAAUUUUAUUUUUAAUUUAGUACAACUGUGGCCACUAAUCACAAUUAUUACAGAUUUAAAGAGUGACCUUUGUAUAUCAUUCCUAAUAUUUUGCACACUUAGUGUAGACCAGUACACUAAUACUAGUAAAAGUGAUGUAAACAUUUGGCUCUUUACAAGCUGCAGUUUAGAUGGACAGUUGACCUACUCAUGGUGGAUUAGGGUAAUUCUUUAAGGAUCUGGUUUAGGGAUGAACAUUUAUGCAGUCAUUACAUGACUUGGACAAUGUCGUGUACAGUUCCCUUUGUCAAAAGUAACACGAGAGGAAUCAAAACUUCCACAUCAGCUUUACUUCUUGGUCUUGAUCUUCCAUGUCUAUAUAAAAUGUGUGUAAAUCUUUCUGUUAGUCAGUAGAUUUGGUUUAAACCCAAUAGGAUGUUCUGUGCAGUUACUCUUUCCUGACGUAUUUUAUCAAGUUAUUUGUAAAUAGUACAAAUAUUGCACGCACACUAAAUUACAGAAUGUAUAAGAUUCACUAUCAGGGCAUCCUCUUUUUUUCUAAAUAAAAGUCAUUCUGAAAAUGUAUGCCAUAUCGUGACCCUUGAACAUGUUUGUAAUAAAUCUAGGAAAGCACUUUGAACCAUUUAUUUGAUCAUUUAUAAUGUCGUCACUAGGACAUUAGACUGGCGAGACUUAGGAGAAUUGUUUUCAUUUUUGCAUGAAAUGUAUUUGUACUGUACAGCUAUAUCCCCAGAUGUUCUGGUUUAUGUACGUUUAUGAACAGUCUUUAUGUGAAAAUCACUUUAUGUAUAAACCACAAAGAUACAGAGAGACUGGUUUAAAAGGACAAAGGACUACUUUAUGCACAAUGCCAGGUGUUAGGAAGCUAGAUGGACUUCAGUGUAAUAAAUUUAGUUUUUGGCUCUUUUGAGUGACUGCUUGACACGUUGUAGGCAAGCUGAUUCAAAUGACUGUUGUACUAUUUUGGGUUCUAUUUGUAAUACAUUAUGCAUCACUGUGGUUUGUCUUUCAUUUGUAUUUUCUAAUAUUUCCUGUGAUAAAAACAAUUGGAAAUUAGAUGUAAUUCAAAGUUAAUGUUAUGGUACUGACUUUACUGUGCUUUUUUCCUUUCAUUGUUGUUGUUGACUAAAUAAAGUUCUAUAUUUUAUAACAAAA